CCCUUUCCCACUCGUUCACUCCAUCCCGAAGAUUUAUUUGACUCGUUGGCGGGGGAGGAGAAAGGAGUUUUUUUUUAAAUUUGUGUUACUGGCAGAAUCCACUUGAGUCUUUGCAUUUCGCUGGAUUUCUGCAAGAUUUGCUGUGCUGAAAAAGGUUGGAAGCAGGUUUCUAUCUCUCAGUCAACCCCACUCCUCACCGUGAACCAUGAAGUUUGCCCUGGCAACCGCUUUACUCCUCAUAACAGAAGUCCUACUAAUGGAGGGCGUUCAGUCCGCCAGAAUAAAACAGAUGAAGAUAAGGGACAAAAUGCUCGCAGACAGAAGGUGCACCACCGGUCCCAUUGAUCUUCUGUUCGUCAUCGAUAGCUCCCGGAGUGUUCGUCCCUUCGAGUUUGAGUUGAUGAGGAAUUUUGUCAUUGACAUGGUCAACUUCUUGACGGUGGGGCCAGACGCCAGCCGGGUGAGUUUGGUCCAAUACUCCAGCCAAAUCCAGAAUGUCUUCUCCUUCAAGACGUUCCAGAAGAAAGCUGACAUGGUCAAGAGCAUCAAGGAGGUGAUCCCUCUAGCCCAAGGGACGAUGACCGGCCUGGCCAUCCAGUACGCCAUGAAUGUGGCCUUCAGUGAGCGGGAAGGUGUCCGUCCCCUGUCCAUGAAGAUUCCCAGAGUCGCCAUCAUUGUCACGGACGGGCGACCCCAGGACAGGGUCACUGAGGUGGCAGCUCGGGCUCGAGAGGCGGGUAUCGAGAUCUACGCCGUUGGGGUGCAGAGGGCAGAGAUGAGCUCCCUCAGAGCUAUGGCCUCCUUGCCCCUGGAAGAGCACGUCUUCCUGGUCGAGACCUUUGACCUGAUCGAACAGUUUGCCAAAACGUUCCAGGACAAAUUGUGUGCUCAAGACCUGUGUGCUGACGGUAGACAUGGUUGCCAGCAGAUCUGUGUCUCCAGCACAGGCUCCUUCCACUGUGCCUGCCGAGAGGGUUAUGUGCUGAAUGAAGACAAGAAGACCUGCACAGCCAUUGACCUGUGCUCCCAUGGUGAUCACGACUGUGAACAGAUCUGCAACAGCUCCCCGGGGUCCUACCGAUGCAGCUGCCGCUCUGGUUUCAGACUGAACCAGGACAAGAAGACCUGCAGCCCCACUAACCUCUGUGAGCUGGGAGAGCACGGAUGUGAACACAUUUGCGUCAGUACCACCGGCUCCUUUCACUGUCGCUGUCGAUCUGGAUACACCCUCAACCGUGACAUGAAGACCUGCUCCCCCCUCAACCUCUGUGACCUUGGAAACCACGGCUGUGAGCAGAUCUGUGUGAGCUCCCCCGGUUCCUACCAGUGCCGCUGUCGACCGGGAUACACCCUCAACCGGGACAAGAAGUCCUGCAGCAUGGUGAAUUACUGUUCAUUUGGGAACCACAGUUGCCAGCACGAGUGUGUCAACGUUCUCAAUGGAUACUACUGCACAUGUCAGGACGGGUUUGAACUACAGAGUGAUGGCAAAACCUGCAAAGCUGUCAACUUGUGUAACACGAUGGAGCAUGGCUGUGAAUUUGAGUGUGUCAGCACCCCAGGAUCGUACUUCUGCAUCUGUCCACCAGGGCGGCAACUCAACCAGGACGGCAAGAGCUGCAACAAGUGCAGUCGUGCCAACAUUGACCUGGUCUUCGUCAUUGACGGCUCCAAGAGCGUGCGCCCGGAGAACUUUGAGCUGGUGAAGAAGUUUGUCAACAACAUUGUGGACGCGCUGGACGUGUCCAGCCAGGGCACGCGGGUGGGCCUGGUGCAAUACUCCAGCAGUGUGCGGACCGAGUUCCCCCUGGGCAAGCACAGCUCGCCGGCAGCCUUGAAGUCGGCGGUGAGCGGGGUGCAGUACAUGGAGAAAGGCACCAUGACCGGCCUGGCCCUCAAACACAUGGUGCAGAACAGCUUCACGACCGCAGGUGGGGCCAGACCCGAGGCAGACAACUACCCGCGUGUGUGCGUGGUGUUCACCGACGGCCGCUCUCAGGACAGCAUCUCAGAGUGGUCCAAGAAAGCCAAAGAUGCAGGCAUCACCAUGUAUGCAGUUGGCAUUGGGAAGGCAGUGGAGGAUGAGCUGCGGGAAAUCGCCUCGGAGCCCGUGGACCAACACUUCUUCUACGCUUCGGACUUCAGCGCCAUUGAUCACAUCGCUGAGAAUCUGAAGCUCAACAUCUGUGAGGAGGAAGUUAUUGGACAGGAAACAAUUAAAAACCCAUGUGCAUGUGAAACUCUGGUAGCAUUCCAGCAAGACACACUCUCGGCGUUAGAAGGAUUCUCUCAAAAACUAGCCCAGAUGACUGCCAAGCUGGAAGAUUUGGAAAGCCGCACCAUCAGAUCAGUGAAAUGAAAUGUAAAAGUCCAUCGCCACCAUCGUCACAUCAUCAGGGGUGUUUCUAACUCGCUAAAAUUGAUUUAGCUCCACAUGUCGUUUCAGUUUUUGAGUGUUAUUUUUUACAAAGAAAAUAUUCAUUUAGGAUGCCUUUUUUCUACUGCUUCGAAAUAUUUAACAGUAAAGGAAUGUUUUUACAAGAUAAUUUUACAAGAUGUAUAUCUGUUCUCUUUUCAUAUUGUGCCUGUGCAUGCGAUAUACGAACUGUUUGAAGAUGUAGACAUGUCAAACGACACAUUAGUCAAUGGAUACAAGGGGUUGAAUAGCACACGUCUGCCCGGACACAAGAGGGAAGGUAGCAAUGGGUUAAUGAGCAACGGACUUGAGGCUUGCUUCAAAAGGGGGUUUAGAAAUUGGUGAGAAUAUGAAAUAAAAACUGAAAAUGCACAGACUGAUAAAGGAAAUAGUUUGGUUCGUGAACAGCAGGUAAAUACCCAUCCAGUCUGUCCCAUUUCUCGUGGUGGAGAAAGCGAGUCUCAGAGCAUUUACUCUAAGAUCACUUGAUCCAACCAGGCAUGGGUGACUCUAGACUAAGUACUGGUGAAUGGGGUGGCACAGUGGCGUGUAGCAGUAGAGUUGCUGCCUUACGGCACCAGAGACCCAGGUUCAAUCAUGACCUCAGGUGCUGUCUGUAUGGAGUUUGCACAUUCUCCCUGUGACUGUGUGGGUUUUCGCUGGGUGCUCCGGUUUCCUCCCACAUUCCAAAGACGUGCGGGUUCGUAGGUUAAUUGGCCCUCUGUAAAUUGUGCCUAGUGUGUAGGGAGAGGCUGCGAAAGUGGAAUAACAUACGACUAGUGUGAAGGGAUGAUCGAUGGUCGGCGUGGACUCGGUGGUCGAAGGGCCCGUUUCCAUGCUGUACCUUUCACUCAAUAUAUCCAUGCGAUCUAAACCAGUGGCUGAUGGUCACACUCUAUAGCAAUUAUCCUAGAAGACUCCCUAGUUGAUGAUGAAAUCACUGCCCCAAUACAAAUGAGCUAGCUCCCUGUUGAAGGUUAGUUCAACAACAAGACCUAUCAGCAUUUAUAUAGCAUCUUUAAUGUAGUAAAAUGUCUAAAUGAAUGACCAACAAUGGCUGAAAUGGUGAUCACCUGCCAUUCUAAGCUUAGCUGUUGGGUAGGCUGUGCAUUUUCUGCUUUUAUUGUUGUAUCUGAUGCAGGAUCUCCCACUUUAGCUUAGUUUAUUAUUGUCACGUGUACUGAGGUGCAUGAAAAGCUUUUUGUUGCGUGCUAUCCAGUCAACGUAAAGUCUAUACAUGAUUAUAAUCGAGCCGUCCGCAGUGCACAGAUACGGGAUGAAGGGAAUAACAUUUGGUGCAAGAUAAAGUCCGAUUAAUGAUAGUCUGAGGGUCUCCAGUGAGGUAGAUGGGAGGUCAGGACUGUUCGAGGAUGCUUCAGUUGCCUGAUAACAGCUGGGAAGAAACAGUCCCUGAAUCUGGAGGUGUGCAUUUUCAUUCUGUACCUCCUAUGGGAGAGGGAGUGUUUCUGGGGUUACUGUACGAUACGCGAGUGAGGUUGCUAGCGUUUGGUGGGGUGUGUCCAUCUUAAUGCAAGAAGAUAAUAUGAAGCAGCAAAUGUCAACUUAUUCCAACCCACUGAGUCUUCCGUUAGCAUUCCGUACAGAACAGACUAUACUCCCUUUGGCAAUUGGGUAUCAUCUACUCCUGCCGUCACCACUGUUAAAUCUCCCUAGUGUAGUACCGUCACAAUGUAAAUAGCACCUUGAGAGUGUGAGUGUCAGGAUCCCAAGAUAAAUAAACAGUUCACAAAUCUAUGAUGGACCUCACUAAAACAUUUUUUCCAAUAAAUACAGCCUAUUACAUUCAAUAAAAACAUGUGCAAUAAACAAAAUGAGAUGUUUCCUCCCAUCACCCUGCUGCUUGGAAUUUGUACUCAUGGAGCUGCUUAGAAUUUGCACUCCUGCUGUGGCUUUUGUACCCUCCUGCUGUGGCUUUUCACCUCACUGCUCCAAAGACAAGGCUUCAAUCCUGACCUCGGUGCAGAGUCAUUUGUGUUCUCCCUCCCCUCACGCCGAAAGACUGAAGAAGGAUUCCAACCAGAAACGUCACCUAUUACUGUUCUCCAGAGAGGCUGCCUGACCUGCUGAGUUACUCCAGCACUCUGUGUUUUGAUCGAGAUUCCAGCAUCUGCACUUUCUGUUUCCAAAGUUUCACAAGGUUUAUUUCCCUCUUUAAGUGGGAAAGUGAGAAGGAUUUUCCCCAGUGUUGGAGUAACUAAGCACACCUCCUCUUUAUGCAUUGCGGUUUCACCUUGUAUAUUGGUAUUGAGACUGGUGUUUAUUGUCACGUGUACCAAAAUUCAGUGAUAAAGCAGACUUUUAUUUG